CUUACUAUCUCCUUUGUCUGAAGUUUCAAGUUUCGCGCGAAAACGCAGCCACAAUGCAUCGCGCGGGGUCAAUAGGUCAAGGGCCACUGAGGUCACUUUUUGAAAGAGCUAUGCCAGAAAAGAUGACGGCGCCGAAAGAUGCUCAGGUGAUGGCAGCUGUCUUAAAGGAUAUGGGCGUGACAGACUAUGAACCUCGAGUCAUCAACCAAAUGCUUGAGUUCACCUACAGGUAUGUCACGGACAUCUUCGAGAACGCUCGUGUUUACUCCACCUUUGCCAAGAAGAAGGAGAUGGACACUUCAGACGUGAAGCUGGCCAUCAGACACAACUCCGACCAUUCCUUCGCGACCCCACCACCUCGAGAUUUCCUGAUGGAGAUAGCCCGACAGAAGAACAGCACACCCCUGCCACUGAUCAAACCAUACGGAGGCCCCAGGCUCCCUCCAGACAGAUACUGUCUACUCUCCAACAACUACAGACUCAGGUCCUUACACAAAAAGCCAAAGCUGACUGUGGCAGUCCCCCGUCUUGGCCUAUCCUCUGUUAUGGGGCAGCCUUCUCCUGUUGGUACCUCAACCAGUCGAGUGUCCAGCCCCACUACAGCAAAGAUCACCAUUCCGGUCAGCGUAACGUCCAGAGUGGGACAACAUUCCUCUCACAUGAAAACUUCACAGGCAACUCUGCUGCAACCAACGUCUCUAUUGGGGAGGCCCAUCUCUACCCUGGGGUCAUCGACCUCUUUAGGAGACUCCAGUGGCACAAAGAGGAAAAGAGAAGAUGAUGACUAUGAUCUACUCGAGUAAAAAACUAAAAGCAACAGAAAAAUCAUGGUCUAAUUCUGUUGAUACUACUAAGGCACAGCAAAUUACCUUUUUAGUUGUCAGAUUCUAAUGAUGAAAACAAAAUGAGAGUACAAAAGGAAAAAAGACCUACUGUAUGACAUAACAUGGAAUAUAGUUCGUUUUUUUACCCACUAAAACUGUCAACGUGUAACUAGAUUUGGAUGGUAGCUUGUUUUAGCAAGAAUAGUAAGCUGUAGCUAAUUUUUGUAUUCUAUAUGAACUUUGAUGUCGUUUUUUAUAAGAUGUUUGUAAGAAUGUAUUCAUUCAUGUCACUCAUUAGAAACACAGGAAGCUAUGACAUGUCUUUGUUUUGAACUCACUGUUCUACUUGAGGUUCCACUUAAAAUGAAUAUUUGUGCAAAAAUAAAGGCCAAGUCUGAUGGA